GAGGGAACACAAGCAGGGGUAGUGGGAGAGGGAGAAUAGGCUUCCCGCUGAGCAGGGAGCCCACUGUGGGGCUCGAUCUCAGGACCCUGGCAUCGUGACCUGAGCCGAAGGCAGAUGCUUAACGACUGAGCCACCCAGGGGCCCCCAGAACGCCCUGUCUUGCUUAAAGGCCCUGGGUCACCCAGAUGUGGAGAAACCAUCCCCCUGCCCAUUCUCCCUGCUGAGGCCUGAGCCCUGAGCCCUGCACACCCACAGCUCUGCUUCCGAGGGCCCCCUGCCCACCGGGCCAGGCCCCUGCUUCUCUCAGCCCGUGUUCCCAAGGGGAACAGCCCCGACCUGACGCCUUUUCUCAGAGCCCCUUUGCUUUGUGCCAGUCUGAAUGGUCCUGAAUCCUCUCUUCCAGAUCUUUCCUGGGCGGGAAGCAGACUCGGCUGUUUCAGUGUUGGGUGGAUUGGGCCUUGGGGGUCCCUGAGUUUGUAUCAUGUGUGGAGGCUUCUGAGGGGCGAGGCAGCCCUACCUUCCGCUUCCCAGCCCCGUGUCUGUGGCAGCUUGCUGGACGGUCAAGGCUGUCUUUUUGUAAUUAUUUAUGUACUACGUUCUGCCCUGAUGUGAAUCGGUGAUGUGCUUGGGUUUCGGGAGCGACAUGUUGAUUUGGAAUGCUUCGACUAACUGAAGCCAGACUCAGGCUGGCUGAAACAGGAGACGGGAUUCAGUGGCCCUCGCCUCGGGGGAAAUCUGGAGGUGGUGCAGGCCUCAGGUGAGGUCACUGCUGGGCAGGCCCCUGUCCCUUCACCAAGCAGCCGUGCUGGGGCUCCGCUCGCCCUCGCUCACCGGCUCGGAGACGCUCUGUCUGGAGGGGCCUGCUGCUGGCCACCCGGUCCCUCCCACAGAACUCCCGGGCCCACGGCACAUGAACGGGAGACCCUGGGUGGGGCAGGCGGUGCGUCCAGUCUCCCCGACGUGAGGUUUCAAAGCAGGAAGCAUCGUCUUCCCCUUUACUUGGGGUAGACUUCUGACAAGGGUGAGGAGUCGUAAGUGGGGCUGAUGCCUGGCUGUCCGUGCAGCGCUGACAGGCCCCCAGCCCCAGGACUCCUGCAGGUUUUCUGCUGUGCUCGAGGCACCUGCGUGUGUCUCUGAAGGAGCUGGAGGCUGGCAUUCCUCAGGGUUCCCAAGGAGUCCUGGCAGGGAGGAGCAGGGGCUGGUGUGGGAGGAACCUGGAGCUGCUGUCAGCUGGAGGCCAGCUUCCAGUCGGGACUGGAACCUGUGACGUGUGGGCGAGGCGUCCAGGGGGCCCUGCCCAGGUUUCGGGUCGCCGUGGGAGGCUCCCGCUCUCUCUGUGAACCGGGGCUGAAGCCUGCGGCCCAGGGUGGAUGUGGCGCCGGCAUUGGCCUGCAGCCAAUUGGGGCAGUCAUCAGUGAGUCAUCUGCUUGGAAGCAGAGCCUGAGUCGGGGAUUCUCGUCCUGCUGCCCCCAGAAGGUGGGAGGGCAGCGGGAGGGCAGCGAGGAGUAGCCAGGACGUUCUGCCUGGCACCCCCAGAGCUCUGGAGCACCAACGAGCCACAGAGCUGGGCCUGUCGCGAAGCUGGGUCCCGUUGUUUGGACUGGGUCCCCCCACCCCGCCUUGGAAUCAAUCACUGGCCAUGAAGUGCGCGUAAGACCUUGGUGAGGAUGUUCAAGGACGGCUCUUCUCAGUGAAGGACCUUGCACUCGCUACUGAGUAGCGACCAUGGGCCUGCUCGCCUACCUGAAGACCCAGUUCAUGGUGCACCUGCUCAUCGGGUUCGUCUUCGUGGUGAGCGGGCUGGUCAUCAACUUCGUCCAGCUCUGCACGCUAGUCCUCUGGCCGGUGAACAAGCAGCUUUACCGCCGGCUCAACUGCCGCCUCGCCUACUCACUGUGGAGCCAGUUGGUCAUGCUGCUGGAGUGGUGGUCCUGCACGGAGUGCACGCUGUUCACUGACCAGGCCACGGUGGACCGUUUCGGCAAGGAGCACGUGGUCAUCAUCCUCAACCACAACUUUGAAAUUGAUUUCCUCUGUGGGUGGACCAUGUGUGAGCGGUUUGGCGUGCUGGGGAGUUCCAAAGUCCUCGCAAAGAGGGAGCUGCUUUAUGUGCCCCUCAUCGGCUGGACGUGGUACUUCCUGGAGAUCGUGUUCUGCAAGCGGAAAUGGGAGGAGGACCGGGACACUGUCAUCAAGGGGCUGAAGCGCUUGUCCGACUACCCCGAGUACAUGUGGUUCCUUCUGUACUGUGAGGGCACGCGCUUCACGGAGAAGAAGCACCGCGUCAGCAUGGAGGUGGCCAUCUCCAAGGGGCUGCCCGUCCUCAAGUACCACCUGCUGCCCCGAACCAGGGGCUUCACCACGGCGGUCCAGUGCCUCCGAGGGACGGUCGCAGCCGUCUACGACGUCACGCUGAAUUUCCGUGGAAACAAGAACCCGUCUUUGCUGGGAAUCCUCUAUGGGAAGAAGUACGAGGCGGACAUGUGUGUGAGGAGAUUUCCUCUGGAAGAGAUCCCACUGGAUGAGAAGGAAGCGGCUCAGUGGCUUCAUAAACUGUACCAGGAGAAGGACGCCUUGCAGGAGACGUACAACCAGAAGGGCGUGUUUCCGGGGCAGCAGUUCAAACCCCCCCGCCGGCCGUGGACGCUCCUGAACUUCCUCUCCUGGGCCACGGUCCUCCUGUCUCCUCUCUUCAGUUGCGUCUUGGGUGUCUUUGCAAGUGGCUCGCCCCUCCUGAUCCUGACAUUCCUGGGGUUCGUCGGGGCAGCUUCCUUUGGAGUCCGCCGACUAAUAGGAGUAACUGAAAUAGAAAAAGGCUCUAGCUACGGAAACCAAGAAUUUAAGAAAAAGGAAUAAUUACUGGCUGUGAUUGCACAUACAUAACCUGACGGUGGUAUCCAAUUAACUCAAUUAAAAACAGAACAACACACACAGAUCGGAACAAAAGACCCUUAGAAACUAUUUUUCGUAUUAACUGGUGACUAAUAUUGACCAGUAAACCUUGAGCCAAGAGUGAAGCCGUCGGAGGCCCGCAGACAAAGACUCUGGCUACGCCCCUGCACAGUGGGUGAGAGUCCACCACGGAGCUGGGCGCGGGAGCACGUGUGUGCGGGGGCGGGGGGCGGCCACUCCUGGGAUCACCAGUCCCGCCCCGAUGUCAUCUCGAGAGGACUCUGCCUGCCAGAGGGAGCCUGUGGAUGCUUUCUCUUCUUAAACUUAGAUCCCAUUUUUGUUUUUAUCGGUUAUUUCGGGAACUCACCCUGGCCCUUCGCCUCCUCCCCCCACCCCAGCAAACCUUCCCCUGCUCUCCCAGGAUGGAGGAUUUGCAGGUCCCAGGCCCCCGAAGUGCCCACCUGUCCUGCCCAGCACCGCCCCUUCGCUCCGGCCGGUGGGGUGGGCGCGCAGAGCAUUCUCGGGGGGACAAGCACACGCCGAGUGUCGGAUGGACGGGUAGCCCCAUUUCACUGUCAGACCACGGCUUGCCCGUUUCCCCCCAACCCCGUGUGUAAGUACCUUACAUCUGUUUUUAUAGUGAAGGGGCCCCUUCCCCCGGUACCUGAAGCCCCCGUCCCUCUUUCUCCCUGCGGCCUCCACGGGGCUACACCCCUGUCCCCGGUGCCGGGAGAGGGCUGCCCUGCAGCCCACAGGGCUCUUGGAUGCUCGUUUAAAAGUAUGUCACCAUCAAACCUUGCUUCUGGAGGUGGUUGGAGACUGUUCACUUGGAGCUCGUUGGCUUCUAGAGGUUUUAUUUUUACAGUUGGUCUAUUGAUGGCUCUCCGCUCCCUGAUGCAAAGUAGAGGUGGUGAGCCUCCCCCAACUCCGCCAGCCUCCCUUUCCCAAGCAGGUGCUGGGGCCCCGGGGGUGGCCUGCCCCUGUGUGGCGGGUGUCACCCCUGGGGCUUGGGGGCACUGCUCCCCCCUGCUCCCCCCGCCAUGGGGUGUCUCCCCGUGACCUGACUUGGGCCCGCGGCCCAGGGGAGCUGCGUGUUCUGCAGAUGGAGGCGUGGGGCUGGGGCCGCUGGGCUGGUGGAGGGAGGUGCACGGGGGGCCCCCGGCACCCGCCUCCUGGGUCCCAGCUCAAGCAUCCCGCUGCACGCCCCGCCUGCGUUGGACUUCCUUCCUAAACCUCAGGCGUGCUGUUUGCAAGUCACACUCCCCUCGCCCUGUUUAGCCAGGGAAGGAAAACUAGCGGUGUUAGUCUGGUGCCCUGUAACCAGCAUUCCGAAGAGAGGCCCGCUGCGUUUUCUAGGAGAGGAGGUGGAGGAAAGGGAUGGGAACAAUAGAAACUAAACUGGACAAAUAACUAUGCAUCAGCCCUUAGGUCUGUGUUUUGGGAGGACUUCUCGAGACUGCACACGCUCUUUAGGAGGACAAUGCUGGAUUCUGUGUGGUCGCCGUGGGGCAGGGCGAGACCGAGCACAGCCCCCGCGAGGCUGCAGGGCUGAGGCAGGACCGCCCCCCUCCCUGGCCGCUCAGACCCCGCACUGCAGGGAGGGACUGCCUUAGGUUCUUUCCCUUCACCGGGCGAGCUGCUUGCCUGUCCCCGUCUGUGUAUGUCACUAACUCACUAGCACCUGGGACGUUUUGGAACAGCCGUGGGGCACCGCCGUGCAGACGCAUCACCUACAAGACGCAGUUUAGAUCUCCCACCUGUUAACCCUAGCUCUCGUUGCCCGGAGAAGUUCUCUCCCCUGGGAACCCCUGUGCGCCGGGGGAGUCUGCCCGGAGUCGCUGAGCGAGCCGCGCGGACUCCCGUUCGCACGGAGACCCAGGCCAGCGCAGGUUUUAAAUCUCAGUGAUUCCCUUCCAAUCUAACAGAUGAGCUUGUGCACUUGAUGCCAAGACCUUGAGAGCAAUAAAAUCUAUACCAUGAAUGUUUGGGGUUUUUUGUUUGUUUUUGGAGGGGGAUGGAGUUGCUUUUCAUCCACUUCAGAAGGAAAAGGAACAGGAACUCCUUUAAUUUUUAAAAUAAAUCAGAAUAGUGCUUUUCUUUUCCCUUUACGCCCUACAACUGAGUUUCCUCUGUUGCUGACGUCAUGUCCAAAUUAAGGCCGAAUGCUUGGACCGUGUGGGCUGGCCGCGGUUGGGGUGCACUCAGGCGCCGGGCCCUGGGCAUCCCCCGCGGGCACCCUACAGGCUGAGCUCGGAGCCUGGGGGCCGCUGGUGGCUCCUCCCUCGGCUCAGACCCACGCCCGGCUCUCGGGCACCUUCCCCGCGUGCACCUCGGCCCUGCCCAGUGAGUGCAGUUCGGGUCGUGGUCACUACCCAUGUGUCCAGCUGAGGAGAGGACCCCAGCUUGUUUACCCCCCUCUGGGGAGUUCCAGGGGCUCCUAAGGUGCCAUGGCGGCUACCAGCACCUGGGGACUCUGAUAGCAGUGUAAGUGACCGUCCCCACUGCAUGGGGCUAGGAGGCGCUGGGGAAGGGCUUAGCUGGUCAGAAAGAAAGCGUGUCCUCAUUUGCGAUUAAUCCAAAGGAAGAAGUGACCCUGGCCAUCCAGUGCUUGGUGGCAGCAUGGCCCUCCCUGAGGUGUCCCUGCAGUCCCUGUCCUCAAGAAGCACAGCGUCUAGUUGAAGAGAUGAGUUCUGAAUAUACAAACCACUAAAUAGCAACAUAAAACAACCAUGUAAGCAGCACUUAGUUAUAAACAAUGACGUAUGGGCACUGACCCAUCUUGAAUCUCCACCUGUCUGUCCCUCUGACCCCCCUCUGUGCCCCAAGGCAUGAGAACCUUUCCUUCCACUCGUUUAGUUACUGAGCAUUAGGUUGAGCUGAGCAAAGAGUGGAGUAUGCAAUUCGAGAGCGGUCUCCAGGCUGUCCGUGUCCCCGUGGCCACCGCUGGGGGUCAGAUUUGGGGUGAAGAAUAAGUCACUCUCUGCAUGUUGCUUUGUCUCUGCUGAGACGCUUAGAGGACAAGCCGCACAAUCUUUCCAGCCCGCUGAUUUUCAGCCCAACUGUUCAACCUUGUGCAUAAGCUCAUGCUUCCAAGUUCUCCCCGAUACCAGCAUGCUCUCCCCAGCACGCAGCGCUCAGCGUCCCAUGGUGUCACGUGGCUUCUAACCCUUCCGCAGUGUAACGAGGCUUGGGGUGACAACGGUGGGCCUGGCGUGCCCACCUGCUUCCUCUCUGGACACAGUACGUCCGUGGCCCAGGUGCCUGCCCCUUUCUCUAGCGAGUGAGCUCCUGCAGGAAAGUGAGCCUCGGUGAGUGCCUGCGCCGUGGGGCAGCCGGGGCGCACGCGGACAUUCGGGGUCCACGUCCUCGUCUGUCAGGGCUGGCACACCCCAGCCCAGGGACGGGUUGGGGGCAGAAGACGUCACACCGUGUUCUGCUUGGCUGAGGGGUGGACACACGUGAGCUCAGUUUUACCACGAGCAUUUGCUGCGGUCCAAUUCCGUGACGGUGUCAUUCCCAUAAGCUGCUUGGGGACAUAAAGGACAAGAGCACUGUUAGGGGACUGAGGAGAUGGCCAGAGAAGUGGACACCAGUCAGCCCUGUCAGCAGCUGAAUGUUCUUUUCAAAGACAAUUGAAUUGCUUAACAUUUUUAUGCUCUGUAAUGACACGUUCACCUGGACUUUUCUUUUCUCAUAAACUCUUCCGUUUCUUAACUUUCUGUUGCAAAAGUGAUGGGACAGACGUCGAACUGUGAAUGAGGCCCUGAAAUGCACUAAGCCGUGUUAAAUUAAACCUGAGCUACUUGAUGCCAUGAAGAAAUGCAUCCGAUCUGCUUGUAUUUAUUGUCUCAGACCUGUAAGAUUUGUACGUUGUGACAAUCAAAUGUGACUCGCCUCAAUGCCGGGAAAUUCCACUGGCUUCUUAACCAUAAAGACCGUCCGCAAGUA